AUGUCGGAGCAGUUUCAGGAACUAAAACCGAUUUGCGUCGCCGUAUCAAAAUAUGCGUUUUUGCCACAGGAUGCCUUUGAUGGUGAGUCGAAAGAAUUAUUGAAACAUAUGAGGGAGUUGAACUCCACACUAGAAAAUAUUGAUGCACAGGGGAGUGAUAAUGGGAAACUAGUGGAAUACGUAUUCAUCCCCAUAUCUCAUAUAUUAAACCAAAGCCAAUUGGGCCGCCCACAAACAAAGGAAGUAUUAAGGACCCUCACACAGCUGUUCCGAAUUUACUGGCAACAUGAAGCACUCUUCAGUGAUAAGUUGGCUACACAGUUGUUCCCCAUACUCAAUUACCUGAUCAAAAAUCUUGACCAACCGCCGAAUUCACAGUCAAAAAUCGUAACAAUUGAUGCUCUCAGUAUUUUUUUUACUGCCCUUGGCAACCAGUCUUACGCUACCACGUUUUUCACAGACAAUGAUUUCCGACUCCUUUCGCACCUUACGGACGUCAUCCAAUUCAUACUGACGAUAUUGCUUGAAACUCCAGAAGAUCAUUCCUUACAGCUAAAAAUUUGCGGAAUUCUCUCCGAACUCUAUAGACGAUUACUUUCUCAUGAAGUGCUCUCAUAUGUUCUUCCAGGCAAUAUCUCUGUUCUGACCAAAGUACUUUGUAUUCCAGGUGUCAAUGUCAAUUAUAGAGUGAUUUGCAAGGUGAUUCAACUAUACGGCUAUCUUUUGAUGAACGUAUACGAUGAUUUAGAAUUGCAGACAACAGUUCCUGGCUUAGAAGAUGUAGCUGAAUUGGGGAAACAAGAAAUAACUGUUAGAAAACCAUUUAGACACAGAGACUCCAAAUGGCUCAAAGCAACGAGAGGCCAGAUAUUACUGGCGUUACAAAACUGCAUACCCGUGCUGAUAAAGAGAAAUAACUCAAAGAUCAAUGAAACCCUUGUACGCAUGAUAUCACAGACUUUAUCCAGCUGUGCUAAAUCAUUAAAUAAUUGCAUACCAUUGCUUAUCGAAACAUUACUAAAUUUGGGGGAGAGUCCGUCGGUCGAAUUGUACACUUACAGCGAUACAGUAUAUGAUAUCGCAAGAAAUAAGCUAGUCAUGCAAAUUCCACAUUCCUUACAAUUCCAUGUUGAACAAACGUUCAACUCAUUGCAAUAUGCCAUCAAAACAGGUCUAUCAAAUCAUCCAAAUAACAAUGUGCUUGUCAAAGAAGCACUAGAAGCUGUGGUAAAUGGACUUGACUCGUUAUUUUGUUCUCGGAUUAAGAAGCCAAACGAAAAAAUAUUAGUCCAGUCCAGUAAAGUGAUAUUGCAUGGUCUUAUCCUUGAGCCCAGUGAAAUGCAACUACUUCCUUCCAAUGUUAUAGACAAAAAACUAGAAUACAUCUUGGUCCAGUUUAUAUCGGAAAUUGGUCAAACAUUUCAGUCUGAUAGUGAAUUAGCUGAGACAAUUGACUAUUUACUUAACCAUGAGGGAAAUGACAAUAAUAGAAUAAGACAGAGCAUAUCUCUGUUUGUUUCGGCUACGCUGUUACAUAAAACUACAGUCACCGAUGACACAUCUCCUAUAGACGAAAUUCUAGUCACGGAUACUAGCGUAAUAACAAAAGAAGAAGCCAGUUACACCAUUCUAGAAUACAUUAGCGGCCUUUCCACCCUAGAAAAUGAGUUGACAGAUUUUUCGCGAUGUUGCAUAUUAUACUCACUAAACAUAAUGGCCCAAAAUCUUCAAGCGGAAUUUCAAACAGAGUUAAUUGACUUUCUUUAUCCAAUCGUGGAGGAUAUCAUUUCUUCGUCCCCGGCUGUACGUCAGUUUGCCACGAAUUGCGUUGUCACAUUAUCGAACGUAUUAUAUCAAGGCUCAAUCAAAGAGUUGAUAUUACAAAACGUAGAUUAUAUGAUUGAAUCUAUCUCUCAGAGGUUGAAUUUAGGCAUGACUGGUCAGGUAACUACUGUGCUAAUGCUCGUGUGCCAAAUGGCAGGCUAUGAAACAGUCCUUUCCUUUAAAGAUGUACUUGAAACAAUUUUCAAGCUCCUGGAUUACUACCACGGAUAUGACGACCUUUGCCAACAGAUAUUUCAGUUUUUUGAGGUUGUCACUGUAGAGAUGAAAAGAUUGUAUCUUCCAAACACUGAUGCAGUUUACAGACUUGGUGACCCUCACUCAAAUCAUAGUACAUUUAAACCUUGGGGUUUGACAACUGAGGAUCAAAUGGAACGGUUAAUAAACUCCGUGAAAACCCCGCCAACUGUGAUUGAUGAGGACCUUCCCUUGGGGGAGAACGAACCAGCCAAUUUUCAAGAGUAUUUCGAUGCCAAACUGAAAAUAAAGCAGGAGGAUAAAGAUAGUGACGAUGAAGCGGAUGACGAGGAGGAACAGCUGAAAAAUGGCCCUCCAAAAGUUGAAUGGAUAUCCCCGAUACCGCGAGAGUCGUACAGAACCUUGAUCCAAUUCAACCAGUACGGAGAGAGGCUGCUAACACACCCGUCAAAACCAUUAAAGAUACAAAUUCUGAAGGUUAUGAAAAUGGUUACGUCAAUGCUAUCUACUCAAUACGAUCUCUUACUUCCUCAAGUUGCGCAAGUGUGGGAUUCUGUAGUACGUUGCACCAGCGAUACCGACCAUUCGAUCGUAAACGCUGCCUGUGAAACGUUAAAAGAGAUAAUCGAUUACUCAGGGGACUUUAUCGCCAAACGAUUUCUCGAUCUAUGGCCAUAUUUGAAAAAGAACUGUGCUUUACUCAGGGAGACUCGAUACAAGGGUUCGUUUAGUGUUAGCAAUGCUGUCAUUCCCAAACGCAAUUUCCCUCCAGUUACCCAAAAUGCUCUAAUCAGUAUGUCAAAUAUGUUGCUAUCGGGAUUGCAGAAGACAGAAGUACAGUGGGAUGAGACAGAUGUCUUAGAUGUGAUACAAUGCUGCCUUUUGGUUGUCCCCUUGAGGCGAAUCGCGGAACAGUCGCUGUUCCUCAGUGACAUUUGCUGGUGCUUGUCACAUGAUACGUAA